AUGAACACUCAGCUAGGACGGGAGGUAUUGUUUAGACCGGAUAUCGGGCCAAACAGCUUGCACACCGUAUCGAUUGACAACGGCCAACGAUACGUGAACUUCGCUGCCUCCCGUGGCAUGGUAGUCCGAAGCACCUUCUUCCCCCGCAAAGAUAUCCACAAAGCCAGCUGGAGAUCACCUGACCAACGCACCGAAAACCAAAUCGAUCACGUUCUAAUCUACGGACGAUUCUUCUCUGAUAUCACCAACGAUCGUACCUACCGCAUUGCGAAUAUAGAUUCGGACCAUUACCUAGUUGCAGUAGACAUGCGCUCAAAUUUCUCGACGGUGUACAACACUCAUCGUAGUCGGACGCCAAGGCCCAACAUCGCGCAACUUCGGGACGCUGGGGUUGCCCAACAGUACGCAAAGCGACUGGAAGCAGCACUACAGCUGGGCGCAGCUACUCUUGAAGAUGGCUGA